AUGGCACCAACAUACGAUCCGAAUGGAAGUAGCAAUCUGGACACAGUUGGCUGGGUAUCGGACCCCAACGGACGGGGUACUUCCAGCCUUAUCAUAUCAUGCUUGCUCACUCUAGGUCUCUGUGUAUGGAGUGCGCUACAUCUCAACAUACCUGCUAAAGACGCAAGUCGGCGGGAAUAUUGGCUUCGUCGGGCGAAAUGGUCUCUUUGCGGAGUCCUGAUUCCGGAGCUUGUCAUCCUGCUGGCUUGGAGACAACGAACUUCGGCUGGCAGACUUACGAACGAGAUCAACAAAGUUUUCAGCGACUUAGAACAACAAUACACUUCUUCCAAAGACGCGUUGAACUCCCGAAUAAGAGGCGCGGUACAACGAAAACAUCCUUGGACGAACGUACACAGCUUUUAUGCUGGUGCGGGUGGAUUCGUUAUCGAACUCGAACAGUCACAGGGUGGCUUUGGCUUCGAACCUUUUCUAUCCGGUCCCCACCGGCUCACGCUUACUGCUCAUGGUGUCCUUCUCCUGGCAGAAUGUGGCCUUCUCCCCGAUUUCAAUGAGUCAGAGAUCAAGGACAAAUCGAAACAAGAUAGCUUAGCAAAAGCAUUGGCUCUUCUGCAGGCCAGUUGGAUGCUCCUUCAAACUCUCGGCAGAGUAGCUACACAUAUCCCUACCUCACUACUAGAGGUCAACACUAUCGGCCAUAUCUUUUGUGCUUUCAUUGUGUACCUGCUAUGGUGGAACAAGCCAAGAGAAAUACACGAACCGACGGUGCUGAAAGGCAGUUGGGUAGACUCGAUAACCGCAUACAUGUACAUGAGCAGUCGAAUGAGUGGCACCAAGAUCAAAAGUCACUUGAAGCCAAGAUCUUGGGUAUCGCCCGAAAUAUCAAAGUGUGUCUACCUGGAUUUCGGUCAAGCACUCUUGUCGUCCCGUUCGUCAGACUCGGCCCAAGUCAUCGACACCGUGGAGAGUCCGACUAUCUUGGAUCUUCAAAGAGAACCAAGCGUCGUGGUCGACGGGGUAGAUUCACAACUAUCCGGUGCCUUUGAAUUCCGACCAUUUCGUCGCCUCGAUUCUCAAAAGACUAUCCGUCGUAAGAUGAAGUUAGGUUGGACCCCUGAACCAAAUUUCGAUAACGCGACACUACGAAAAGCAAGACAUAGACUUGCCGCUGCUGCAGUGCAAAGCUAUCCCGCCGUAAGAGCUCGGUUCAACAAAAUGGAAUUCCAUCCAUCAAACGAUGCAAGCGGUACAGAAAUACCAACUUAUGAGGCUAUCGUCGAACAAAUGGUUGAUCACAGCGCCCGCAAUUGGCCAUCGGAUUUCCUCUUGCCUGGCCUCGGGGGUGAGCUAAUGGGCAUGAUUCUCUGGUUCGGGUCCAUGGCUUAUGGCGGUGUACACAUGGCUGCCUGGCACCAAUACUUCCCUACCCGCAUCGAGCAAUAUAUGUGGCGGUUCUCCUCUCUCUAUAUUGCUUGCUCAGGUCUUGUCUGGCUAUUGAUGAAUGUCUUAGGCGCCACCAGUCCUUGGGCAGGUGCGUACUGGGAUCGUUUCAUAGCUCUUCAAGCAGUGUGGGUCGAAUAUGUUAUUUUUGGGGCCACGGCGACGGUUUGUGGUAUCAUAUAUAUCUUUGCAAGAGCUUUUUUGGUAGUGGAUGCGUUCGUAUCUUUGAGGCAAUUGCCUAUUCAGGCAUAUAGUACGCCGCAAUGGUCUGAAGUUAUACCGCAUUUGUAG